GUUCAGGGUAUAGUGAGGUGUGUGUAUAAACAUUGCCUUCGGUAGUAGUUUAAACCUUCCGCGAGCACAGUCCAUACUUGUCCAGUAAUGCCAUUUACAUAAUAUAUCUAGCAUAUCGGUGCCGCCAUUGCUUGUACAUUUUCCGGAAGUAAAUAUCCACGUGUGAAAGCUUUUUCAUCGCUAGAAUGUAUCGUGAUGGUAACCGUGAACAGGAUUAUAUCAGCUUGCCGUGUUUCCAUGGUAACUAGCCGUUCCCAUCAUUCUUCAUACAAACGUGACAAUGACAAAUUAAAGGUUCCUCCCAGGGUUUGAGGAUUUGACGAGGAUUUCCGUCUGAGGUGUAAAAUGAGUUUUACCAGAAUCUAUAAAAGAUGGGAAGACGCACUAGGAACGCCAUUCAUCAAAUAUGGAAUACUGGUAUCGAGAUACCCAUGGCAUGUAUUGAUAGUAUGUGUGACCAUCAACUGUCUGUUAGGGAUUGGACUGGUCAGGUUGGAGUCUGAGACGGACACCGAAACCCUUUAUACACCACAAAACAGCCAGUCCAAGGCAGACCGAGCAACAGUGGAGUCCAUUUUUACUGAAGACAAGUCUGGCACGAACUUCUACGGAAAGAGCAUUACGAAAGAAAAUAAGUAUGCGGACGUCAUUUUGAAAUCCAAAGACGGUUCAAGUAUCCUAACAACAACGUAUGUGGAUGAAAUUGAAAGAAUAUACAACUACAUUCAAAACAAUGUUACCAUAACCAGUGACAAUACAACCCUCGGUCUGGUGAACGUUUGUGCCUUACGGAGCGGUAAAUGUGUCGUUGGAGGGGACGUUGUUUUCAGUACGGCCUUCCGAACAGCAAUGUCAUCAAACACCAUAAGCUACCCACUGUUCAAUUAUGAAUAUCUUAGUGGAACAUUCGGAGAUGCACAAUCAUCAGGAGGUUACCUCACUUCGGCUAAGAUGGUGAGACUGUUUUUCUAUCUGCGUCAGGACACCGUUUCAGCAUCAGCACUAUCUUCUGCCUGGGAAGGGAAGUUAAUAGAGACAUUCGGUACUUUCUCCUCCCCUUCAAUGGAUAUCGCUUAUUCAACGUCAAGAUCCUUAGACGACGAAUUGGAUAAAAACGUGAACGGAGAUGUUCUGCUCUUUGCUCUUACUUUCACAAUGAUGUUGACUUACGCUGGAUUCGCCACUUCCGGUGGAGAUUGUGUUUCCGACAGACAAAAUUUGGGUCGUGCAGGCGUUUUCGCAACGUGCUUUGCAAUUCUUGGAUCAUUCGGCCUAAUCAGUGUCAUUGGUGUGAAGUUUGUCAGUAUUGUCGGAACACUUCCUUUUCUUAUCAUAGGUAUUGGUCUGGACGAUAUGUUUAUUCUGAUGUCCUGCCUGGCGGACUGCUCAGCAAAAACAUCGAUAGAAGAAAAGAUGAAGGAGACGAUGCGGACAGGGGGCGUGGCUAUCACCAUAACAUCAAUCACAGACUUUUUAGCAUUCGCCAUUGGUGCAUCAGCUUCUUUCAUCAGCGUGCGAAACUUCUGCGUUUACGCAGGUACGGCUGUCAUCUUCUGCUACCUCAAUCAGCUGGCCUUUUUUGUGCCGUGUAUGGUGAUCAAUGAGCGCCGAAUGACCCGAAACGACCAUUGCGGGACGUGUCGUCCUAUAAAACCCCGCGAGGAGCUACGAACGGAAGGAAAAUCCAUAAUCCAUGCCUUCUGUUGUGGCGGACAGCCACCUAAGACCAGAAGAGAUAAUGAAAGUCCGUUAGAAAAAUAUCCUAAGCUCCUUUUUCAGUAUUUAGUUAGAAAUCCGAUCGCAAAGGUUGCGAUAAUAAUGCUUUUUAUUGCUUAUAUCGCGGCAACUGUUUACGGAAUAAUGAAUUUUAAACGAGGUCUGCUUCUCAGUAACUUGGUGACUAAAGAUUCAUAUUUUUAUACGCACAGUAAGAUCCUUGAGGGUCAUUUUACUACAGAGGUCACCAUAGGAUUUACGGUCACUUCAACACAGAACUACUCCGAUGUUACUACUCAAAAUCGUGUUUCGGACCUGUUGUCGAACGCCUUGGCUGAUCUUGAUAUCAAUCCAAUUGUCACGUCAAACUGGCUGGCGGACUACAAGAGGCUCCAUGCUUUACAGUAAUGUAAGUGAGACAAGCUUCAUAGCCGGCCUGAAAACAUUCGUAAAAUUCCGUACAGACCACGCUAAUGAUGUUGUCUUCAGCAGCGCUGAGACGAGCAUUGUCGGUGCAAGGUUUUAUGUUUUAACCAAAGAUCUUCCUGAAUCUGAACAACAAGGAAACAUCAUGCUACGGAUGCGUGAUGUAGCGUACAACUCUCCUUUACCAGUUGUUUGUUUUUCUUGGCCGUUUGUAUUUUUUGAUGAGUACGCUUCCGUUUUCCAAAUAACACUCACAACAGUCGGAGUAGCAAUAGCCGCCAUGUUUGUGGUUACCUUGUUGUUUAUGCCACAUCCUUUACUUGUCGCGUGCGUGACCGUUACCAUGGUAAUGAUAUGCGCGGGUAUGUUUGGAUUCAUGUAUUAUUGGGACCUCACAUUGAGUGCCAUUACUAUGAUAGAUAUUGUAAUGAGUAUUGGUUUUUCUGUCGAUUUCAGUGCGCAUAUUUGUCAUGCAUAUAUAACUGUAGAUGGCACAACGCGAAAACAACGUGUGCAUAAUGCUAUAAAUCGGUCGGGAGGACCAAUCAUCAACGCCGCCAUUUCCUCAAUUAUGGGAAUACUUAUCCUUGCAUUCUCAUCCUCAUAUAUAUUCCAGAGUUUCUUCAAACUGCUGUUUCUAGUAAUGGUAUUUGGGCUAGCGCAUGCUUUGUUGUUACUUCCGGUAAUUUUUUCAUUAGUUGGACCCGUGACGGAAGUUCCAUCUACUCCAACGCCAGUCGAUAAAGAGGUACAGGUCCAGACAAUAUGUGAGUCUACAGACAAUCAAAUGAACGCUAACAAUGACAAAUCCGAAACGGUAGAACUAGACAAUGUAAAUAUGACAUUGCCGAAGGAUUUGUCUACCAACGGUAACGUCUCUACACACUUAUGAUACUUCUGGAAUAUAUAUAAUGUAGACAGAUCUAACACUUUCCUACUUCUUGUCAACCAGGUUAUUAUCCUUCUAAUAAAAAUCCAAGACAAUUUUAGAGCAAAUUAUUUCAAUUAUUCAGCGAAGUUCUUUUUAUGCAGUCAAAACAAAGGGUACUGUACAUGUAUUUAAUGGCAUUUUAAGAGGAUAUGCCAGUAUUUUAGCAAAUUAAGAAUUGUGGAGCGUUUAAAACGUGAACCCCUUCGUGGAUUCUAAUACAGUUUUGAUAAUUUUAUCUUUUAUCAAAAGGGCGAUAACUCGUUCACACAUGUACAUUGUAUCCUUAUACAAAUAGUAUAGAUAAGGUACAAGGUUUUUUUUAAAUAGUGAAAAAAAUUAGCAUUUUAUUAUUUGAAACAUGUGGCAAUGGAUUUCAUAGACAAUCAAAACCUUUAAAAGGGAGGAAAUAAACCUAUUAUAUCAAUUUUAUAUUCAAUAGUCAAAAUAUUUAUUAUAAUUCAAAUCAAAUUUCUACAAUAAAAAGUCUUAAAUUAUUUAAGCAUGUAGAUGUUUAUUUGUCAAAAUGAAAAUGUCAAAGAUAUACACAGGGUAGAUAAUCGAAAUAUCAAUGGUAACAAAUUUGGUGUAAUUUAUAUAUUGAAAAUCUAUAAAACAUUGACUGCAUGUUAUAUUUAAAUUCAAACGAUAUUAUUAUAUUUUGUUGACAUAUAUUAAACAUAAUAUUGUAUUGUCUAUGUAUGUAAUUAAACAAUACGUAAUGUUCGAUUAAACAAUUAUGUAUACAAGUAUUAUUAGUGUUUAUGGUAUAUCUAUGUAAACAAGAAUGAUACUGGAAGUUAUAAUGUGUAUAUAUCUAAACAAGUAUUAUACAUAAUGCUUUAUUGUACAUUGUGUAAAUAAACAUGUUAUAUUGUUCAUUUAUGUCGGCAAGUAUUACACAUAAUGUUAUAUUGUAAUAUAUGUCAGUAAGUAUUACACAUAAUGUUAUAUUGUACAUUGUGUAAAUAAGUAUAACAUGAAGUUAUAUUAUGAUUUAUAUAUAAACAAGUAUCAUACAUAAUUUUAUAUUGUAGUUAUAUGUAAACUAGGAAUAUAUAUUGUUACGAUGUGAAUUUAUCUAAAUAAGUAUUAUAGUAAACUAUUAAAACACAAUUUUUUAUAAUCAUUUAGAUCACUGUGACUGGAUGGAUUUAGUCCAUGUAUAGCAUGACUAUUAUGGGGUGAGAAAUGAUAUCGUCCAAGUAUAGGGAAGUAUAGGUUAAUAUAGCUUGUGGCUUUCUUGUGUAAAGAAAAUGCUUUAUUGACCGGUGUUUCCGAUUUGAUAUUCAAUGGGUUUCGCCAAAUUUGUAGGAUGUGGUACAAUAUUACUUAUAUUACUCCUACUGAGUUUACCAUCCGCAAUUUAUAGUAUCAUUCAUAAUAUACUGUAAUGUAAUUAGUUUAAUCAAAUUCUGUUCUACAUAUGGCUAUUGGAAAAUAAGCACUGAAAAGGGGGUACAGAUACAGUAUUUAGUAGUCAGAUUUCCUUUAUAAUGAAUGGAUAACCCAAGUAUCGUAUGUUAUCGACUACUCCAAAGCAGUAAAACUGUAUCCAUGCAUAAUAUAAUCGAUUAUUUAUCUUAGUAUAUGUAGCUUCCAAUUAACUGUCCAUAAAAUAUCUCUACAUAGUUCCAGGAAAAUGAAAUGUAAAAUAUACUGCGAUAGUUUUUUUGUAAUAUGUAUACGCGGAAAACUUCUGUUUGUUUGUGUAUAAGAAUUUACUAUUUAUGCUAGUCAUAAUUGCAUAUACAGAAUUUGUGUAAGUGACUGAAGGUGUACUUUUUUGCUUGGGCCGCAGAUGAGACUGUGCGUUAAUGUUAUCAUAAUUGGUGCUGUAUCGAGUGAUACACAUGUAUAACAAAGUUUAUUAUCAUUGAUAUCGAUCCUGGACUGUAUUGUAGAAUGACUUCUGUACUGUUUAUUUAUUCCUACCUCAAAUUCACUUCAAAUGAGCUCUGUUUCCGGUUUUAUUAAAACUGAAUUUUUUCCAUGUU